UCGUAACUGAUGUUAUUGUAUUCCCAAAUUGUACAGUUAGAAUUUUUUAUUUUUCUUUUGCAACGUCGUCAAAUUUGUACAGUUAGAGUUGUAGAUGAUGAGGAGCAAAGGAAUUUGAAAAGGGGAAGAAAAAAAAAAAAAUCAAAUUUUGAUUUGUGGGUCGUGUCAUUAGGUUUGAGAAAGUGGCUAAAAUGAGCUUGGGUGCGGCUGAGGAAGAAUCAGGAGCAGAGGUUCAUGUCCCAGCUGAUAUUGAUUGGGAAAAGCUUGAUAAAUCAAAGUUCUUCUUGCUGGGUGCAGCACUUUUCUCUGGGGUUUCAGCAACUCUGUACCCUAUUGUUGUGUUGAAAACCCGGUUGCAAGUAGCUCAAUCUCAAGCUUCUUGCAUCAAGAGUGCAUUUUCAGUGAUCAGGGUUGAGGGUUUUAGAGCAUUGUACAGAGGGUUUGGGACUUCUUUGAUGGGUACAAUCCCUGCUAGAGCCUUAUAUAUGGCUGCACUUGAGGUUACCAAGAGUAAUGUAGGUACUGCUACCCUUAGUUUUGGGCUAGCUGAACCAACUGCUGCUACAAUUGCCAAUGCAGCUGCAGGAUUGAGUGCAGCCAUGGCAGCUCAACUUGUGUGGACCCCAGUUGAUGUUGUGAGCCAGAGGUUGAUGGUUCAAGGUGGUUCUAGUUCUUCACCUCAAUAUAUCAAUGGGAUUGAUGCCUUUAGGAAAAUUCUUAGGACAGAUGGUCUUAGGGGAUUCUAUAGGGGUUUUGGGAUAUCCAUUUUGACAUAUGCACCUUCAAAUGCAGUUUGGUGGGGUUCAUAUUCUGUUGCACAAAGGCUGCUUUGGGGUGGAGUUGGAUACUACUUGUGUAAGAAAGAUGAUAAUGAUGAGAGGAGUGGUAAUGCAGCUAAUGAAUUGAGGCCAGAUUCAAAAACAGUAAUGGCAGUUCAGGGAGUCAGUGCAGCAAUGGCUGGUGGAAUGUGUGCUUUGAUUACCAUGCCACUGGAUACAAUCAAGACAAGAUUGCAGGUCUUGGAUGGUGAUGAGAAUGGGCGUCGUGGACCAACAGUUAUGCAGACACUGAGGAAUUUGGUUAAGGAAGGUGGUUGGAUGGCUUGUUACAGAGGGUUGGGACCUAGAUGGGCUUCAAUGUCAGUGUCUGCCACAACAAUGAUCAUUACUUAUGAGUUCCUAAAACGACUUUCCACGAAAAAUCAAGAGGUUUUGACUUGACCAAAGGAUAGAAUUAUAACAACAAAGAAAACAAAGAAAAGGAGAAGAGGUUUUCUCCUCUCUUUCUUUCUUUUGUCUAAUUUAUGCCCUUAAUUUCUUUCAGCUUCAGCAUGCCUGCUUGAUCAAUGUAAGUUAUUGUAGGUCAUCUUAUAUAUAUUUUGAAAAUAAAAUUUUUCUUAGAACA